AUGACUUUCCCCGAGGACAAGGAGGAAGAGAAGUCAGGGCUACGCAGAUCCCACCAGGUGGUCACGGGUUGCCCAAGAGUCCCCUCUUCCUGCUCCACUGGUGGAGACCGGGUUCAAAGGAAGCAGCCAGACACUUGCCGUAGUUCACUUUUCGGCACAGUGAACAAGUGUAACCCUUUGCUGACUGACCACCCUUCGGUGCUUGGAGCUCAGGUGCUUGGUGCCCUCAGCAUCGGGGAUGAAAAGGAUGUCCAGGGCUUGACCUUAGAAAUAACCAAAGAAGUGGAGUCUUUUAGAAAUUCCAGCUUGGUCACAGGAGCAAGAGUGAGCGUCAGUCACAGCCCAGGAAGGCUCACAGAAUGGAAAAAAGAACAGAACGCGCUGGGGGCGAUGCAGCGGUUUGAUAAACGGGACGCGUCAGCGAUGCUCACGUGGGAGUCGGCCCUGCACAGAGAUCAGACUUCCAGGCAGGCCCUCCCCGAGGCCGCCGCGGUCGCUCUGGCCUGUAAAAUGAAAGCCAAAGAGAAGUGCCAAUCCGACCUGUGGUUAGAAAUUGAACACCUGAAUAAGGGUGAGGAGCUCGGAUCUAACAGGACUGAUGCGAUUGAGAACAUGUUUGAACAGAAUUUAAAGAUCAAGUUUUACAUCAGUUCCAGGUCCACAUCUCCGUCCUCACCCAGUGGAGACGAAGCCAACCUAGUUAAGAAUAAGACUCACCAGUUUUUCCUCAUGUCCUUUACUGCCCCCACCAAGUGUCACCAGUGCACGUCUCUGAUGGUGGGUUUGAUAAGACAAGGCUGCAUCUGUGACGAAAAAGCUCCAAGAGCUUGUCCAGUGCCUUUUCAGCAGAAGAAAGGCGCCCUCUGUCUAGACUUACAGAAAGGCAUGGGAACAGCCUAUGAAGGCCACGUCUGGAUCCCCAAAAAAACAGGAGUGGAAAAAGGAUGGCAGAGAGCACUGGCUAUAGCUUGUGACUUCAAACUCUUCCUGUAUGACGUGGAUGAAGAAAAAGACUCAAAACCCAACGUUGUAGUGAGUCAGUCGAUCGACAUGAGGGACAGAGCAUUUUCUGUCAGUCCUGUCUGGUCCUCUGAUUUUAUUCCGGGAAAGAAAAAGGAAAUGCUCCGUAUGUUUAAAGUCACAGCUUCCCAGCUCUCAGCACCUAGUAAUAGAUAUUCAAUUCCAAUAUUAGCGGAUAGCGAGAAUGAGAGGAGUGAGUGGGUGCGAGUGCUGAGCGAAUUGCACGAGAUACUGAGGAAACGUCAUUCCGGGGACCGCUCUGUCUACAUUCUGAAAGAGGCUUGUGAUAGCAGUCUACCCCUGAUCAAAACCACCCAGACAGCGACAAUCAUAGAUCACAAAAGAAUCGCUCUGGGAAAUGAAGAAGGGUUGUUCAUUGUGCACGUUACCAUAGAUGAAAUUAUCCGAGUUGGUGACAUGAAGCAUAUUCAUCAGAUUGAGCUCAUCCCUCAUGGCCAGAUGGUUGCAGUGAUCUCAGGGAGACGUCACCAUGUGCAACUGUUUCCUAUGUCAGCUUUGGAUGGACGAAAGACUGAUGUUCACAAGCUGGUAGAAACCAAAGGGUGCCAGACCAUGACUUCUGGAACAGUGUGCCAAGGAGCCCAUACAUGCCUCUGUGUAGCUCGGAAAAGCCAUGUCUUCUGUUAUGAGCUGUUUCAAAGCAAGAAAAUUUCUCACAGAAAAUUUAAAGAGCUCCAAACGCCAACCAAUGUCCAGUGGAUGGCCAUCUUCGGUGAACAGCUUUGUAUAGGAUUCCAGUCAGGAUUCCUGAGAUAUCCUUUGAAGAGAGAAGGAAUCCCAUACAGGAUGCUCCACUCACACGACCCUACACUGUCGUUUAUUGCACGUCAACCAGUGGAUGCUCUCUGUGCAAUUGAGAUCUCCAGUAUUGAAUAUCUGUUAUGUUUUAAGAGCAUUGGAAUUUACACUGACAGCAGGGGCCUCAGAUCCAGGCCAGCUGAACUGAUGUGGCCAGCAACUCCAACGUACUGCCGUUACAAUGCCCCAUAUCUCUCAGUGUACAGUGAAAAUGCAGUGGACAUCUUUGACGUGAACUCCACGGAAUGGAUCCAGACCGUCCCCCUCAAGAAGGUUCGACCCUUGAAUAGUGAAGGAUCCCUAAAUAUUUUACAUUUGGAGACAAUUAGAUUAAUAUAUUUCAAAAAUAAGAUGACAAAUGGAGAUGAACUUGUAUUUCCCGAAUCAGAUGAUCGUCAGAAGCAAGCAAGUGUUCCCCCCGCCUCGACAGCAAGCGGCGUUAUUCCUUCCGCGUUCCCAAGGGGAAAGGGCUGCCGCCGAAGGCGCUGUGACCCCCGACCUGUCACAGGGGACCGGGAGGACCACUCGAGGACCACGUGA